ACCGUCCCAACCGCUGUCUGCUGCGCUCCAGUCCUUCCAGGCUCUUCCAGGAGGAAGAAGCACUAUACAAGAGAGGAGGGUAGGGGUCCCAGUACUGAAUACCCUUGCCGGGGUUUUGACAGCUGCCGCCGUCUCUGAACUCCCAACUCGCGCCGAACCAGGUCCCUGUCAUGGGACCCCCUUCCAGCUCAGGUUUCUAUGUGAGCCGAGCGGUGGCCCUGCUGCUGGCGGGGCUGGUAGCCGCCCUCCUGCUGGCUCUGGCCAUACUCGCCGCCUUUUACGGCCGCUGCGCGCGCGUCCCACCGUCGGUGCUGCCCGGACUCGGGGACUCGGAAGCCGAGUGUUCUCCCCCUCGCAGGCAGAAACCGACGCCGACCCCGACGCCCGGCAGUGCAGACGAGCUAGCGGUGACCACCACCCCUAGAGAUGAGCGACCCCCGGGGCCCUGGGACCACCUACGCCUGCCGCCCUGGCUCUUGCCGCUGCACUACGACCUGGAGCUGUGGCCACUGCUGAGGCCCGACAAGCUUCCAGCGAGGUCUUUGCUCUUCUAUGGCCGCGUGAACAUCACGGUGCGCUGUACCAUGGCCACUGUUCGACUGCUGUUGCAUAGCGUCUUCCAGGACUGCGAGGGCGCCGAGGUGCGGGGCCCCCUGUCCCCGGGCACUGGGAACACCACCGUGGGCCGCAUACCAGUGGACAAGGUGUGGUUCGCGCUGGACACGGAAUACAUGGUGCUGGAGCUCGGUGAGCCCCUGCAACCUGGUAGCAGCUACGAGCUGCAGCUCAGCUUCUCGGGCGUGGUGUUUGAAGACCUCAAGGAGGGACUCUUCUUCAGCGUCUACACCGACGACGGAGAGCGCAGGGUCCUGAUAGCAUCCCAGCUGGAACCGACAUUUGCCAGGUUUGUUUUCCCUUGUUUUGAUGAGCCAGCUCUGAAGGCAACUUUUAAUAUUACAAUUAUUCAUCAUCCAAGUUAUGUGGCCCUUUCCAACAUGCCAAAGCUAGGUCAGUCUGAAAAAGAAGAUGUGAAUGGAAGCAAAUGGACUGUUACUACCUUUUCCACUACGCCCCACAUGCCAACUUAUUUAGUUGCAUUUGUUAUAUGUGACUAUGACCAUGUCAAUAGAACGGAAAGGGGCAAGGAGAUACGCAUCUGGGCCCGCAAAGAUGCCAUUGCAAGUGGAAAUGCAGACUUUGCUUUGAACAUCACAGGCCCCACCUUCUCUUUUCUGGAGGAUUUGUUUAAUAUCAGUUACUCUCUUCCAAAAACAGAUAUAAUUGCCUUGCCUAGUUUUGACAACCAUGCAAUGGAAAACUGGGGACUAAUGGUAUUUGAUGAAUCGGUAUUGUUGCUGGAACCAAAAGAUCAACUGACAGAAAAAAAGACUCUGAUCGCCAACAUUGUUUCCCACGAGAUUGCACACCAGUGGUUUGGAAACUUGGUUACCAUGAAUUGGUGGAACAAUGUCUGGCUCAAGGAGGGUUUCGCAUCUUAUUUUGAGUAUGAAGUAAUUAACUACUUUAAUCCUAAAUUCCCAAGAAAUGAGGUCUUUUUUUCUAACAUUUUACAUCAUGUCCUCAGAGAAGAUCACGCCCUGGUGACUAGAGCUUUGGCCAUGAAGGUGGAAAAUUUCAAAACAAGUGAAAUAGAGGAACUCUUUGACAUAUUUGUUUACAGCAAGGGAGCGUCUAUGGCCCAGAUGCUUUCCAGUUUCUUGAACAAGCAUUUAUUUGUCAGUGCGCUCAAGUCAUAUUUGAAGACAUUUUCCUACUCAAAUGCUGAGCAAGAUGAUCUAUGGAGACAUUUUCAAAUGGCCAUAGAUGACCAGAGUACAGUUAUUUUGCCAGCAACAAUAAAAAACAUAAUGGACAGUUGGACACACCAGAGUGGUUUUCCAGUGAUCACUUUAAAUGUGUCUACUGGCAUCAUGAAACAGGAGCCAUUUUAUCUUGAAAAGGUUAAAAAUCAGACUCUUCUAACCAACAAUGGCACGUGGAUUGUCCCUAUUCUUUGGAUAAAAAAUGGAACUACACAAUCUUUAGUAUGGCUAGAUCAAAGCAGCAAAGUAUUCCCUGAAAUGCGAGUUUCAGAUUCUGACCAUGACUGGGUGAUUUUGAAUUUGAAUAUGACUGGAUAUUAUAGAGUUAAUUAUGAUAAAUUAGGUUGGAAGAAAUUAAAUCAACUACUUGAAAAGGAUCCUAAGGCUAUUCCUAUUAUUCACAGACUGCAGUUGAUUGAUGACGCCUUUUUCUUGUCUAAAAACAAUUAUAUUGAGAUUGAAACAGCACUUGAGUUAACCAAAUACCUUGCUGAAGAAGACGAAAUCAUAGUAUGGCAUACAGUCUUGGUAAACUUGGUAACCAAGGAUCUUGUUUCUGAUGUGAAGAACUCUGAUCUAUAUCCGUUAUUAAAGAAGUACCUAUUAAAGAGACUUAAUUCAAUAUGGAAUAUUUAUGUAACUAUAAUUCGUGAAAAUGUGUUGGUAUUACAAGAUGACUACUUAGCUCUAAUAUCACUGGAAAAACUUUUUGGAACUGUGUGUUGGUUGGGCCUUGAAGACUGUCUUCAGCUGUCAAAAGAACUCUUUGCAAAAUGGGUGGACCAUCCAGAAAAUGAAAUACUUUAUCCAAUUAAAGAAGUGGUUUUAUGUUAUGGCAUUGCCUUGGGAAGUGAUAAAGAGUGGGACAUCUUGUUAAAUAUUUACACUAAUACAACAAAGGAAGAAGAAAAGUUUCAACUUGUUUAUGCAAUGAGCUGCAGCAAAGACCCAUGGAUACUUAACAGAUAUAUGGAGUAUGCUAUCAGCGCAUCCCCAUUCACUUCUAAUGAAACAAAUAUAAUUGAGGUUGUGGCAGCAUCUGACAUUGGCUGGUACGUGGCAAAAGACUUCUUAGUCAACAACUGGAAAGCUGUGAGUAAAAGGUAUGGAACACAAUCAUUGAUUAAUCUAAUAUAUACAAUAGGGAGAGCCAUAACUACAGAUAUACAGAUUGAGGAGCUGCAGCAGUUUUUCAAUAACAUGUUGGAGGAAGACCAGAGGAUCAAAGUUCAUACCAGAUUACAGACAAUAAAGAAUGAAAACCUGAAAAACAAGAAGCGAAGAGACAGGAUGGCUGAGUGGCUGAGGAGAAACACAUAGUAUAUCCUGCAUUGAACCACGCAUUGCUGGUUACUGAACUUUAUGGUGUCACAAAAAGACAAAUGAUUGUAGGAUCCUUGGAAGUGCACUUAGACUUGCUGUGGUGGAGGCCACAGUGGAGAUAAAGGCUCCACUCUGCAGCUCUUGAUUGUGUAUUCACCUGUGGGAUGGACAUACUUUCAGCCUAAGCAGACGAGUGACAAUAAUGAUGUCAAAAGAUG